AUGGCGCAGCCAGUGCUUGUACGGGCAUACACCAGCGGAAAGAGAAACAACCAAGGAGUAGCAGCCCCCCGAAAGCCGAGCGAUCGGGACGCAGCAGCACUCCCACCUAUAUCGUCGUAUGCUUUUGCGGACAUUCUCCGGUCAGUAGACGGCAGCCGGGAAUUCCAGCUGGCCAUCGACGGCAUCGCAGAGAUUUGCGCAAAGACACGCUUGAGCCUGGCGGAUGAGUACGGUGCUCAUCUGCCUCCCUUGGGCGAGAUUACCACCACCAGCGCAAGCACUCCCCGGCCGCAGCCUCCUCGACCCGGCAUGAGACGCGUCUUGACCUCCGUCCCCGAAGCGAGCUCGGGCAGCAGCGAAGGAAGUAGUCGUAAGAGCACCAUUAAGAGGGGGAGCAUCUUCAGCUUUCGCAAGAAACACCACACGAAGCAAGAAUGCAGUAGACCCAUGCGCCGUAUCCGUAUCAGCAGUACAGGCCGCACGAUAUCCGUGGGCACGACCACUGCGAUGGCUGCAGAGGUCAUCUUAUUGCCCGAGACUCGCUCUCGAAGCUCUUCAGAAGCCACGGUGGUCGGCCCUGUUCUACCGAGGCCAGCUGCUCGUGUGCCCGCAACCAGUCCGGCCCAGUCGAGUCUGCAGCGUCUGCUCUUACCCUCAAGAAGUCGAGCCGUAGUGGCGAGCUGA